UUUGUCCAAAAAGAAAAAGAACAAUUCGUACACAUCGCAGGUGCAUCAAAAUCAAAGAAAGACUGAAAGAGACAAUACAUGUUAGGUGCAUCCAAAUACAAACUCACAACAUUCCCGAUCAUUCUCUUGUGUUGUUUCCAUUCUUGAAGUCCCAUCCCAUGUUGGCGGCAUGUAGCCUGUGCGCGUGCCACAUGGCAUUCUCCGUCGUCACCUCCGCCAAUGCCAGAAUCCUCCGCUUCCGCUUCGAGCUGCAGACCAAGGCCAGUUCCCGACGGAGAACGCACCUCGUCACCGCCCACCUUUCCAACCAUUUCUCCUUCGAUUUCGGACUUGAUUCUCAGAGUUUGAAGUCCAUUCAAGUUCAUGAUGCGUCACGGUUGCCUUGGGUGGGUCCAGUUCCGGGUGAUAUUGCUGAAGUUGAGGCUUAUUGUAGGAUCUUUAGGAAUUCUGAAUGGCUUCAUUCUGCGUUAAUGGAUGCGUUGUGCAACCCCUUGACUGGUGAAUGUAGUGUUUCAUAUGAGGUUCAGGUUGACGAGAAACCCCUUCUGGAAGAUAAAAUAGUUUCGGUCCUCGGAUGCAUGGUUGCCCUUGUGAACAAAGGGAGGGAGGAUGUUCUUAAUGGAAGAGCUUCUGUUAUGACUCCCUUCCUUGCCGAUGGGGUUAGCACGAUGGAGGAAACAAUGCCGCCACUUGCUGUUUUCAGGAGUGAGAUGAAAAGGUGUUGUGAGAGCUUGCAUGUUGCUCUUGAGAAUUAUUUAAUUCCUGGUGAUUAUAGAAGCUUGGAUGUGUGGAGGAAACUUCAGAGACUGAAGAAUGUCUGCUAUGAUUCCGGUUUUCCUCGCAGGGAGGAUUAUCCAUGUCCUACACUAUUUGCAAAUUGGAGUCCUGUAUAUUUAUUCACUUCGAAAGAGGAUGUAGAGUCCAAAGAAUCUGAAGCAGCUUUUUGGAUGGGUGGGCAGGUAACAGAAGAAGGUCUAAAAUGGUUACUGGAUAAAGGGUAUAAAACAAUUAUAGAUCUCAGAGAAGAGACUGUAAAAGAUCACUUUUAUCAAACAGAUUUGCAUGAUGCUAUUUCAUCUGGAAGUAUUGAAUUGGUCAAAAUCCCUGUUGAGGUGAGGACUGCGCCUACAAUGGAACAAGUUGAGAGGUUUGCAUCUUAUGUUUCAGAUUGCAGCAAAAGACCGAUUUAUCUUCACAGCAAGGAAGGAGUUUGGAGAACAUCUUCCAUGGUCUCCAGGUGGAGGGAGUACAUGACUCUCUCUGCAUCACGGUAUGUUUCUAAUCAAGCAGUUACUUUCAAUGACAUGUUAUUGCAUUACGGAAAUGAAUCUGGGAAACUCAAGGACUCAAUGAUUGCUGAGAGAUCCUCCCUGCAAAAUGAUACUGAUUUGUUGCAAGAGAGUUUGGGUGCAACACAUAAUUCUAUUGACUCAUUUGACCCUUCAAAGAAGAAUACUGAAAAAGUGCAAAGUAGUAAGGCCUUAAGUGGAAUUACUCCUGAUGAUAGGACUUCAUCACAAGCUACUGCUACUGAUGGGGAAGGAUCUUUUCUAAGUUUCUUCAGCAAAACUGUCCCUUUAGAUGCUCAAGUUCCUCCUCAUGAUAUCUUUUCCAAAAAGGAGAUGUCAAGAUUUUGGCAAAGUAGGAACAUGCAUACUAGAAGACUGCAUGACGGAGUAAGUAUCAGCAGUGGUAAUAAUCCUGAACCUAAAACUGUGGGUCCAGCUGAAAUUUCCAAUUGGUCAGAUCAUGUGGAUGUUGGAGAGCCCCAUACUACUGUUGGUAGAAAUUGGAAGUUAGGGAAUGUGAAUACUUCCAGUUCUGUCAGGACAACAGUUAAUGGGUUUAGUGAAAGGGAAAUGUAUAACAGGGCUGACGCUAAUGACAUUGAUAAUGCCACAACUAACUCUCAAAGGAUUGGAGAUGAUGACAAGGCAAAGGAAGGCUUGGAACACCUUGAAAGAGACAUGUGUGCAUCUUCAACUGGAGUUGUAAGGGUGCAGUCAAGAAAGAAAGCAGAAAUGUUCCUUGUACGAACGGAUGGAUAUUCUUGCGCCAGAGAAAAAGUCACUGAAUCUUCUUUGGCUUUUACUCAUCCUAGUACCCAACAACAGAUGCUUAUGUGGAAAUCCACCCCAAAGACUGUGUUAUUGUUGAAAAAGCCUGGAGAGCGACUCAUGGAAGAAGCUAAAGAGGUUGCUUCUUUUCUAUAUUACCAAGAGAAAAUGAACGUUUUAGUGGAACCAGAUGUGCAUGAUAUAUUUGCCAGAAUUCCUGGCUUCGGAUUUGUUCAGACCUUCUAUAGUCAAGAUACCUGUGAUCUACAUGAAAAAGUAGAUUUUGUGGCAUGUUUGGGGGGAGAUGGUGUUAUACUUCAUUCUUCAAAUCUAUUCAGAGGUCCUGUGCCCCCUGUUAUAUCAUUUAACCUCGGUUCCCUUGGUUUUCUGACUACUCACAGUUUUGAAGACUACAAUCAGGACUUGCGACGAGUCAUCCAUGGAAAUAAUGCACAAGAUGGUGUGUACAUCACCCUCAGAAUGCGUCUCCGAUGUGAAAUUUUUCGCAAGGGUAAAGCUAUGCCUGGAAAAGUAUUUGACAUUCUCAAUGAAGUUGUUGUUGAUCGGGGUUCUAAUCCAUACCUUUCAAAGAUUGAAUGUUACGAACGUGAUAGACUUAUAACCAAGGUACAAGGUGAUGGAAUCAUUGUGGCCACCCCUACUGGAAGCACUGCCUAUUCUACAGCUGCUGGAGGUUCCAUGGUCCAUCCAAACGUUCCCUGCAUGCUAUUUACGCCAAUAUGUCCACAUUCACUUUCAUUUAGACCGGUUAUACUUCCAGAUUCUGCUCAAUUUGAGUUAAAGAUACCAGAGGAUGCAAGAAGCAACGCCUGGGUUUCAUUUGAUGGAAAGAGAAGGCAGCAACUUUCAAGAGGAGAUUCUGUACGAAUAUCUAUGAGUAAGCAUCCGCUUCCAACUGUUAACAAGUUUGACCAAACAGGUGAUUGGUUUCAUAGUUUGAUUCGCUGCCUAAAUUGGAAUGAAAGGCUUGAUCAAAAGGCCCUAUAAAGCAUAUCAAUUGUGGUAGUGAAGAUAAGAUAUGUGUGCUUAUUCUCCUGUGAAGACUUGGCUUGUGUACUGAUGGUGCAUGCUAUACAUUGAGAGUGCAGAACUUUGAUAUAGUAUACCAGUCACUACCAAUUUCUUUCAUUGGCUUCCCAUACAGGAUAAGGUUUGCUGAUGGUUUCUAGUUUCUACUUUCUCCAUGCUAUAGUGACAAGAUGAUAUUGUAUACUGACAUUUAAAGCUAUAGUUUUUCUUUUUUUUUUUAAUCUUAGAAGCAGCUCAUUAUGGCAUCUCAAAGUUUAUCAGUCUGGCAGCACCGUAGACUACUUCUCAUUGUACAUUUCUGAAUUAAGAUCUUUCAUAGGUAGAAAGGACACUGAGGUAGUUGUAUACUUCCUGUACUAUUUGGCUGCAAAGCCUCAAUUUAAUAUGAAUAACAGACUUAAAGUGUCAAA